GGUGUUGCAACACCCAGGCUUCCCGCAUAUUACACCUGACAUUGCACACAUAAUACCUGUUAGUAGAAAACAACCUGCAUGUGACUUAAAACAUUAAAGUAAUUUCGAGUAAUUCUCAUUUCGGUCGUGGUUGGUCCUGAGCUGGAAGCGGCGGCACCACGUGACCACCCUGGCCUGCUGUUUGUUCCGCCACAGAGGCAGAGAAGAAGAAAGAUGGCGGCUCUAGGCGAACCGAAACGGGACGCCGGGCUAACAUUUUGAGCUUCUCACGCGAAAAGAAACAGGGGCUCCAGGGGGUUAGUGCACCGUCUAAAUCCCCGCCACUUCAGCUUUGUUGCUGUGCCACUUUCGCUGGUGUCCGUGUAGGCUAAAUAAACGCAAACAUUGGGAUUAUAAAAGAAUAGGUUUCGCUUAUCAUGAGAGGGAAAAGGGGCAGGCCGCCCAAACUGCUACCAGCCGAGGAGCCGUCUCCAGCUGCGGCCCGGGGCUUGCGACCUAGGAGGAACCUGAAGCCCAGGUUGCGGGACAGCGGGGAUGAGGACGCGGAGAGCCCAACAAGAGACACCACCAAGGCGACCAGAAAGAGGAAAGGGGGCUCCGUCACGUCAACGCGGGGCAGGGGACGGGGUAGAGGUGGCAGGGGAGGCAGAGGGGGUCGCGGAGGAAGGCGGGCGGCCGCCUCCAAAACAGUGGUGUACGACGACCACGAGAGCGAGGAGGAGGACGAUGCUGUCAGUUUGAGGUCGGAAGAGGACGAGUUUGUUGAGGAGGACCCUCAGUCCGAGGAGGACGAGGCCCUCAAAGAGGACUCUGACUGCAUGGAAGAUGAUGUGCUGGACGAGGAGGAGGUGGAGGAUGAUGCCAGCUUCUGCACGGAGAGCAGCUUUCGGAGUCAGAGCACACACGCCAGCACUCCGGGGAAGAAAAAAGUACGGGCUCCCCGACCUCGCACUCCCAUUCUUGAGGAGAAGGAGAUUCCUCCCCUUGAGCUUCCGGACACCUCUGAGGAUCUCCUGGUGCCUAAUGGGGAGCUGCUCAAUGCCACCUCCAUCUACGAGGUGCUGCGGAACUUCAGCACUGUACUGCGUCUCUCCCCCUUCCGCUUUGAGGACUUCUGUGCAGCCCUGGUCAGUCAGGAGCAGUGUACCUUAAUAGCAGAGACCCAUAUUUCCCUGCUGAAGGCCAUCCUACGUGAGGAGGACUCUUCCAACACUACCUUUGGUCCCGCUGACCUCAAAGACAGUGUCAACUCCACUCUGUACUUUAUUGACGGCAUGACCUGGCCUGAGGUUUUGCGUGUGUACUGUGAGAGUGACCGGGAGUACCAUCACGUCCUGCCAUACCAGGAGGUGGAUGAGUAUCCCUACGGUCCUCUUGAGAGUAAGAUCAAGGUGCUACAGUUCUUGGUGGACCAGUUUCUCACCACCAACAUUGCUCGUGAGGAGCUGUUGUCUGAUGGCAGCAUGCAGUAUGACGACCACUGCCGCGUGUGUCACCGCCUGGGUGACCUACUGUGCUGCGAGACCUGCUCAGCCGUGUACCACCUGGAGUGUGUGAAGCCGCCGCUCGAGGAGGUUCCAGAGGACGAGUGGCAGUGUGAGAUUUGUGUGGCACACAAGGUGCCUGGUGUCACAGACUGUAUGACAGAGGUGCAGAAGAACAGGCCCUACAUCCGCCAGGAGCCCAUUGGGUAUGACCGCCACCAGAGGAAAUACUGGUUCCUGAACAGAAGGAUUAUUGUCGAGGAGGACGGGGACCACGAGACAAAGAAGAUCUGGUACUACAGCACCAAGGCUCAGCUGGAGGAGGUCAUGGAGUGCCUGGAUAAGGUGUACUGGGAGAUGGACCUCCACGCCACUCUGGAGGAGAUGAAAGAGGAAGUGCAUGCCCACAUGGACGUCACAGAGGACCUCACCAACAAAGUCCGUGGAAACAGUAAAGCCUACCUCACUGCUGCCAACGAGCUGAUCCUGGAGCAGAUGAAGGUCCGACGGGAAGCACAGGAAUCGAUGAGGUGGGCAGAAGAUGCGAAGCAGGAAACAGAGAAGGGCUCUGGUAAGACAGCAGAGGACACUACUGAGGUUGCGUCCCAACACGACAGCAGAGAGCAGAAAGACGCAGAGCCUAAAGAAGACACUGGAUCACAAGUAGCUGUGGCUCCCCCGUCUGCAGAGGAGCGCUGCCUGUCAGAUCGUAACCCUGGCUCGGCCUCUCGGGACUCAGCUGAACCUAAAACAGAAUCCCUUGAAUCAAAGACGGAAACACAGCCUGGUCUCUGCGGGAGCCAGGAGAGCGGGGAGGCCCCCCCACUGGCAAAUCAGGAAAGGACAGAUGAGGAUGGGAAAGCAGAGGCUAGCAGUGAAGCCAUACACUCCAGUGACUCGCAGGCACAAACCCAAGAUCAGCCACCGCAGAAGUCAUCUCCACCACAGGCCAGUAGUGGCAGCAGCCAGGUUUCUGGUUCUGGGAGCCUCGAGAAAGCAGAGCCGCCUGACCUGGCUGACCGGUCCUCUCAGUCCUCUUUCACCAGUCAGGAUGGGACAGACGAGUAUAAUGAAAGGCUCAAGACAGACCGAGUGAGAGCAACGGGGCGGGAAUCGAAUAACCAGACACCCAGAGGCAGCAAAGAGUCGUCUCCUGCACGCACCGAUGGUGAAUCCUCACGCCUCAGUUUCCUGAAGAGGGACCUGACAGUGAAUCUGAACAGCCUGUUUAAACUGGGUCAAGAGGGUAAAUACAGGGUCUACCACAACCAGUACAGCACCAACGUCCUGGCCCUCAACAAACAUCAGCACCGGGAGGACCACGACAAGAGACGCCAUUUGUCCCACAAGUUCAGCCUGACCACGGCAUCAGAGUUCAAAUGGAACGGCUCUAUCUACGGCUCACGGAGCCUAACCGUCUCCACCCUGCGCCUCACCAUCAUUCAGCUGGAAACCAAUGUACCUGGACCAUUUAUGCACCCUAACUGGGCAUCUCACAGGACCAACUGGAACAAAGCAGUGCAGAUGUGCAGCAAGGCCAGAGAAUUUGCUUUGGCCUUGGCCAUUCUGGAGUGUGCCAUCAAACCAGUGGUCAUGCUGCCAGUAUGGAAAGAUUCCCUCGGACACACAAGGCUGCAUCGCAUGACGUCGAUGGAACGAGAGGAGAAGGAGAAGGUGAAAAAGCGAGAGAAAAAACUGGAGGAUGAGGAGACACUGCAGCAGGCCACGUGGGUGAAGUACACCAUCCCCAUCAAACACCAGGUGUGGAAGCAGAAAGGGGAGGAGUACAGAGUGACUGGUUAUGGUGGCUGGAGCUGGGUCAGUAAGACCCGUGUGCCACGUUUUAUUCCAAAGCUCCCAGGGAACACAAACGUAAACUACCGGAAAGAAGUGGAAGCUAAAUUGAGCAAGGAAAAAGCUUCUUGUACAAAUAAACAGAAAAAGUUGGUGGAAACAGAAAAGCAGGAUAUAGUAAUUGAGGACAAGCGUCCAGCAUCCAUCACUGCAUCAGUUCAGAACAUUUCAUCAGAAGAGGGACGGGGCUCAAAAGAAGAAGAAAACCUCACUAAGGAGGAGCAAGGAAAAAAUGAUGUGGGAGAUAAAAGAGAAGAUGAAAAAACAGAGGAUGCUGCUUCAAGUGAUGAGAAAGAUAAAGUUGAAAACAAAGGCUCUUCCUCACCUGCUGUGCAGCCUGUGAAGGAGGAACCAGUCAAGAUAGAUGAACAAUCUGGGAAGGAGGAGGCUGCUACACCAAAGCCCUACUAUGAUGUUGUGAAUGUCAGCGAGGGUUUCCAGCUGCGGACAGCUUAUAAGAAGAAGGUAAAACCCUGCAAGCUGGAUGGGCUCUUGGAGCGCCGGGUGAAACAGUUCACCUUAGAGGAGAAGCAGAGGCUUGAACGGAUGAGACAGGCAUCCCUGCUGUCCAAAGUGGCUGCCACGAAGCCUAAUGCGGGCAUUAAGACUGAAGGAUCCUUAUCAGGCAAACACCAGCUUGCUGUGACCCCGGCUGUUAAAGUGGAAGAAAAUGAGGAGAGCCUACAAGUGAAAGACCAUGUGGUGAAAAAGCUUGAGUUUGAGGAGGAGCAUAAAGAGGCAGAAACGGACAAUCUAGAUGUGAAAUCAGACCCCACAGCAACCAACCAAAGCAAACAGGCAGAUGUGAAGGCUGUGCAGGGGAAUAGUGAGGAGGCCAUAGCUCAUAAAGAAGUGAAUGGAGAACCCUUGGCAGGCACUGAGCUCAGCCGUUCAAACAAUUAUAUUUCUGAGGCAAUAGUAUGUAAAGACAAAACGCAGAAGCCAGAAGUAGCUCGAGUGGGAGAGAAUGCCAAGAAACGUGGCUACGAGGAGAUUGAGCGAGGCAGCGAACAGAGUGACACAGACGGCAUGGAAGUAGACCAAAGCAAGACCCAUACAGUGCAGGUGAAUGGCAAAACUGUGGUCGCCACUCCUGCAGUUUCAAACGUCAAUUCAGACCCAGCCAGUCGAGCCCAAGGUGAUAACAGAGAGCCUCAGAAAGAGCCCAUCAAGUCUCUGAUGAACGGAAACCUCUCGCAAAACGAUGAGUCCAACAUGUGUCAUCCACCUCCCCUGAAAGUCCCAAAACUAGAGAACCACAUGGCAGAGAAAGGAGACUGUGAGGGGGCGGUGCCUGUUAAACUCCCAUCCUCAAGCCCUUCUUGCCUGAAGAGUAACAGCACAGAUGGUGGUAGUAGUGAAGGUAUGAAGACUUCCAUCACCACCACAGAGUCUCAAAGUGACACUCCCAACAGAGUUGGUAAGCCUGAGGUGACGCCUCAAGCAUCGAGUAGCGGUGUCUCCUCUGUUACCACUUCUACCACACAGCCCAGCUGCUCUGCACCUGGGGCACUUGUGUCCCAAAAGACCAAACCUCCAGUCACUGACACCAAGCCAGCCUCCUCUGAUGCAACAGCAACAAGCUCCAUGGCGAUCAGUAAAGAGUAUUCCACCAGGGAUCAAGUCAGCCUCCUCAGGUUCUCCAAAACCAAGAAGGCACGCUCUGGCACAGCCCUGCCAUCCUAUCGCAAAUUUGUUACCAAGAGCAGCAAGAAGAGCAUCUUUGUCCUGCCAAACGAUGACCUGAAGAGGCUGGCGAGGAGAGCAGGCUUCAGAGAGGUGCCCAUCUUCAACUACAACGCCAAGCCAGCCCAGGACAUUUGGCCCUACCCUUCACCUCGGCCCACAUUUGGAAUCACAUGGAGGUACCGUCUCCAGACUGUGCGCUCGCUGGCUGGGGUCAGCCUGAUGCUGCGGCUGCUGUGGGCCUGCCUGAGGUGGGACGACAUGGCCGUCAAGCCCUGCGCUGCUGUAGGGACAACUCGGAAAGAAACCACGGACACUGACAUCACCACAACUGAGAUUAUAAAACGGAGAGACGUGGGACCAUAUGGCAUCCGCUCAGAAUACUGCAUCCGGAAGAUCAUCUGCCCCGUCGGGAACAGAGACACUCCCAAAGAAACCCCGACUCCACAGAGGAAAGGCCUGCGCUCGAGCGCCUUGAGGCCCAAGAAGCAGGAGCCAGCCAAGCUGACUGGGCCUGUCGCUGUGGAGACCUGGGUGCCUGAAGAGGAGCUGGAGCUGUGGGAGAUCAGGGCGUUUGCAGAAAGGGUAGAGAGGGAGAAGGCCCAGGGUGUAGACCCCUCCAAGACUGGCAGUAGUCUGAAGACGGCAGAGGAUGUCAAAGCCCACUUGGAAAAUCAGCUGAAACAGGCCAGACUGGCUGCACAGCAGAAACGUCUGGAGCAGCAAAGACUGGGUACAACUGCCACCACUUCCACAACAACAACCACCACCACCUCCUCCUCAGCCAGCACGCCAGCCUUCACAGGCCAGAGGACGGGUCAGGUCACAUCUGGAACCAAGAUGGUACUGGCCUCAAAACUGGGCUCUCCAGUUUCCUUCCAGCACGACAAGAACUUCCAUCAGUCUUUUGCUUCCUGGGUGAAGCAGGGUCAGACCAACAACAGCUCAGGUGGAGGUCAGCAGAAAGCCCAGGGCAUUUUCCCAUCUGGGCCUCCUGCGAACCUGAGGACAUACAGCACACUACAUCCUACGACCGGCAACAUCAACCUCAGAGCCACCGCCUCUGCCUCAGUGACUCAGCAGCAGGCCACUACAGCAGGAGGCCAAACACAGCCUGGCACUUCUCUGAGCCAGUCGCCCAACCUGACUACAUCUGUGGACGCAGCAGUGGUCAGAGGUCCGACUCAGCAAGGCCAAGCUCAGCAGGCUGGGACCCAAAUGGGGCGUGUUCAGCCUGCAGCCACAGCUGAUCCCGGUUCUACACCUGUGCAGACGGCUGCAGCGCAGAGAGCAGCAGCUCCAGCGCCAUCACCUCGUGCGGCCACCACGGCUCCUGGACAGUCCCCUGUCGCUUCCUCCCAGGCCAACAGACCACAGCAGGGUCAGGUCAAGCUCACGAUGGCACAGCUCGCACAGCUAACACAGGGCGCUCAGGGUGGAAACCCGGGUCUGACUGUGGUGAUCCAGGGCCAGGGCCAGACCCAAGGCCAGCUGCAAAUCAUCCCACAGGGUGUGAAUGUCAUCCCUGGCCCUGGUCAGCAACUAAUGCAGGCAGCCAUGCCCAAUGGCCAGGUCCAGCGCUUCCUCUUCACCCCCAUGCCCCCAUCCUCAUCAGCUUCAACUUCAGCACCCACUACCACUACCCCUGCAAGGCCUUCCAUAGCACAGAGUCCAGAAACCCAAAUGUCUGCUCUAGCUCAAGCCAGAACCCCUGUGCCAGUCCAGACAACUCCCUCAGCUUCAGCAAAAACACAGAUGGCAGCCCCUGUGCCUGCCCAAACUCAAAUGCCAGGUUUGGCUCCCAGACCAACCUCAGUACCUGUUCAAACCCAGGUAGCCUCUGUGUCUGCUCCAGCACAAGCCACAGCCUCAGUGCAGACGCAAGUUUCAGCUGCUACCCCAUCAUACAUCCCAGCACAAUCACAGAUACCUGUUCCUGCACCUGCCCUGCCACAGGUUGCAGCCUUGGCCACCACACAGGCUUUAUCCUCUACACCAGCGCCUCUCCCCACACAGCCCCAAGUGGUAAGAUCUGUGACUGCCCCAGCACAAAGUACAGGCCCAUCUGUGCCUCAGAAAGUCUUCACCUCAGCCUCCGCCCCUGCACCAAACCAAGCUGACAUCCCAGCCAUGGUCCAAACCCACAUCUCCACCCUCACCCUGGGCUCAUUUGCUACACAGACCCAAAGUGCUGUGUCGCUGCCUGCCCCAGGGCAAGCUCCCCCCCAGUCCCAGGUCCAGACAUAUGCCUUCAGCACUGCCCCAGGCUUAACCUCAUUCCCUGACCAGAUGCAUAGCACUGCUCAAGCCCCCGUCUCAGUCAGAACCCCUGUCCACGUCACUGCUGCCAGUUCGGCCCAAAUGCAGGCUUCUGCCUCUCUUCCCUCUGCUGUCCCAGUUCCAACCCCUGCUCUUGCUCCUGUCAUUGCUGUUGUGUCCACCCACAUUGCUGUCCCACCUCCAGCCAAAGCUCUAACCCAAAUCCAAACCACAGCUCCAGUUCCCUUUCACGCUACUGUGACCAAUGCUGUUGUCACACCAGUCACAGCCACCUCAACCACACCUUCAGUGCCAGCUCUGAUAGAGCAGAGGGCAGCUCAGCCCCACGUCUGGACUCCAGCCGCAUCUCAAGCACAGACUUCAGUUCAGUCACCUCAACCGGCUGCAGCUCCCCUUCAGGCACCAGCCCUGGUCACCAUGCCCGCCUCUGCCCCUGCUUCAGCAUCCACACAUUCACCCGUUACCUCGACGCCUCAGUCCUCUGUUACUCCUCAGUCCCAAGCACAAGUCCACCACCCGGCUGUUCUAUCCAUGCAGCAGGUUUCUCAGAUGCCAGGAUCAGCAGUACAAGUUCAUGUGAAGGGACUACCGGUCUCUUCUGUUGUUACUGCUGUGAGAUCUCCCCAGCCUCAGCUCCAGCCCCAAACAGGUACUCAGCUACAAGCCCAAAUUCCUGCACAGAUCCAGGUCCAGCCCUUCAGCAAAGUCCAACAGAUUCGGCCUCAAGCUCAUCUCCAGUCCCAAGCACAAGCCCAGAGCCACCCCCAUGUCCGAGUCCAGUUUCAGCCACGGGCACAGAUUCGGCCACAAUUACAGCAGGCACCCCAAAUGCAACUACAGCCUCUCACUCAAAUCCAGCCUCAGGUGCAGUUUCAGUCUCCAAACCAAACCCUGCCACAGGUCCAGGCCCAGGCCCCUGCUCAGGGCCAGCUCCAGUCAAGGGUCCAACCUCAGUACCACCCCCAUAUACAAGCUUCAUUUCAAAGACAGGCACAGACCCCACCCCAGGCUCAGCAACAGCCUCAGGUUCAACCUCAGCCCCAGGUUCAGUCUCAAGCCCAGACCCAGGUCCAAACCCAGCUCCAUCCACCAGUUCAGGUCCAGUUACAGCAGCAGAGUCGGAUUCAAGCUCAGGCUCCUCAGCAACCACAGGUCCAAACUCAAGUCCAAACCCAGUCCCAGUUUCAAGUUCAGUCACCACAGCAGGUCCAGCAACAGCUUCAGGUCCAAGCUCAACCCCAAGUCCAAGCUAAAGUCCAAGUCCAGUUCCAGCUAACUCAAGUCCAAACACAGCCUCAGCUUCAGGCCCAAUCUCCAAUCAGGCAUCAGCUAAUCACUGUUCCUGGCCUCCAGCAGCCAGUCCAGCUAUUCUCAGCUCUCCCGCCCCAUGUCGCAGCUCAGAUCCAAGCCCAGAUCCAGGCACAGGCACAACAGCAGGGUGGCACCGUUCCCCAGCAGAUCAAACUGCAGCUGCCGAUUCAGAUCCAGCAGACGGGGGAACAAAUUCAUGCCCACCAGAUCCAGAACAUGGUGACCAUACAAGCGCCAGCAAGUGUUCAAGAGCAGCUUCAGAGAAUACAGCAGCAGCAGCAGCAACCACCACCAAAGAAGAAGAAACACCACGAGGCUAAACGGGAACAGAAAGAGCAGAACCUGCAGGCUGUCAGCCCUGCGGAUGGCAUCCAGAAACAGGUGGCAGUGAAGCAGAACGCUGCAGCAGAGCAGCUGAAACAGAGGAAGAGCCUGGCUGCAGCAGAGCGAGAGGAGAACCAAAGAAUGAUUGUGUGCAACCAGGUGAUGAAGUUCAUCCUCGACAAGAUUGAGAAGGAUGAGAAGCAGGCAGCUAAGAAGAGAAAGAAGGAGGAGGUGGUGGAGCAGAAACGCUCCAAGCAGAAUGCCACCAAGCUGACAGCACUGCUGUACAAACACAAAGAGCAGCUGAAGGCUGAGAUCCUGAAGAAGAGGGCCCUGCUGGACAAGGAGCUGCAGCUGCAAGUACAGGAGGAGCUGAGGCGGGACAUAGCCAGGCUGCAGAAGGAGAAGGAGAAAGCUCGAGCUGCUAUUGCCCAGGCUGCUGCUGCAACAGUCAAAGCAGCCGCCUCCCAGUCCUCCCAGUCGUCCCAGUCCACUCACUCCACACAUUCCUCUCACAGUCCCCACAGAGUGACCUCACCUUCCUCAUCCCAUAAACGCAAGAGGGACGAGGAGAGAGACAAAGACAGAAACAGGGACAGGCAUCACGACAAGGACAAGAAACGGGACAGGGACAAGGACAUGGACAGAGAGCGACACAGAGACCGAGAUAAAGACAGAGACCGCGAUCGAGAGCGGGACAGACAUCGGGACAAAGACAGAGAUAAGGAAAGAGAUUCCAGCUCAUCGAAACACAAGAAGAAGAAGAAGCUCUCUUCUACCUCAAAGGAUCACAAGAAAGACACCAAGCUGUACUGUAUCUGCAAAACGCCCUACGACGAGUCCAAGUUUUACAUCGGGUGCGACCUGUGCUCCAACUGGUUUCAUGGCGCUUGUGUUGGCAUCACAGAGAAGGAAGCCAAGAAGCUGGAAGACUUUGUGUGUAACGACUGUAAACGUGGACAGGAAGGAAGCAGCAGCGAGGAGCUGUACUGCAUCUGUCGGACACCCUAUGACGAAUCACAGUUCUACAUCGGCUGCGACCGCUGCCAGAACUGGUACCACGGGCGCUGUGUGGGCAUCCUGCAGAGCGAGGCCAAUCACAUUGAUGUGUACGUGUGCCCGCAGUGCCAGUCGACAGAAGACGCCAUGACAGUCCUCACACCACUCACCGACAAAGACUACGAAGGGUUGAAAAGAAUAUUGCGCUCGUUACAGUCUCACAAAAUGGCGUGGCCUUUCCUGGAACCAGUGGAUCCGCACGAUGCACCCGAUUAUUAUCGUGUGAUCAAGGAGCCGAUGGACUUUUCCACAAUGGAAACCCGUUUGCAAAAGCGACAUUACCACAAGCUCACAGAGUUUGUAGCCGACGUGACCAAAAUCUUCGACAACUGCCGCUACUACAACCCAAACGACACGCCCUUCUUUCAGUGUGCCGAGGUGCUGGAAGCCUUCUUUGUACAGAAACUCAAAGGGUUCAAAGCGAGCAGGUCUCAUAACAACAAGCUACAGUCUUCUUCAGCCCCUUAGAAAGCAUCGCACAUUGCUCAGACUAAAUGCACUUGCCAAGAUCGUGGCUUUUCUGAACUGUAAUUCCGUGAAGGACUCUGCCUCACCCUCACGUUUGGGAUCUGCUCUGACGGUCGGUGCAACCAGCGCUGCUGCUUUCACAGAGUGGUUCAGGCAGAGCUGCCCUGUGCCCGGUUCAGCUCGAAGGGAUCUUUUGGACCCGUCUCCAUCAGGGGGCCUGUACAGAGGAGCCUGAACAACUGAGGCAUUUCAGAAGAACGUUUACCUCGGAGAAAAGACUCUUACAGAGCUCUCGUAUUUCCAUGUACUUAUAUAUUUUUUUUAAUCUGUUUAUUUUUCCUUGUUAAAACAAUCUCAGGCCAUCCUUGUGGUCAUCACGUAGGACGCUGAAUACUGAGACAGUGGCUGAGUUUUCCUGAGCGUCAUGUAUCAAGAGUUUUGUGUCGAUAUUCAAAUAGCGCAGCGAUAACUUUUCCCUCCUGUUUCCACUCAUUGUUUAGUCUGAAGUGGCAUGAAAGGCAGUCGUACUAAAUAUCUGGACCUCAGUAGUCUGCUUGGUUCAACUCGUAUAACCUACUGAAAGUACGGUAUAAGCUAUUGUAAAUGAAUUGCUCUGCAGUAGUGACUGAAAAGGAUGAAACCGUAUCUGAAGGUUCCUGCCCUGUUUGUAAAAAUUUGUCCGAUUUUGACUUGAUUUCUUUUUUUGUAUUACAGCUGAAGAAAUAUUGAUGUAUAUGGAACUUAAUAAAAUGGGAAAACCUGAGUUGGGUAUUUGUGGCCGUGAUAAAAGCAGGUGUAGCUGUGCAGAAGCAGGGAGUUCAUACCAACGAAUAGAUCAUCAAAUAUGUUAUACGAUCAUUUUUAGUUCUGUGGAAGUUUUGUUUAC